CCUUUUAACCAUUAGAUCAGGGUGUGUCAUUCUUACCACUGAGCACCGUGUGAGAGGUGUUGAAGAUUUUGAUUUGAGUGGCUAUAAAUCUAAGUGAAGACUGAGACUGUUCACUUUCAAAUGCUUGCAUUUUAGUUCAGGUGUCUCUUGUCACCAUGCAGCCUCCUGUGAUCAAUAUGACUGACUGCUCUUUUUUUUUAUGCCCUUUUAAGCAAAGUAAAACAGCAGUUCGGCUGAAAGAAGACAUGAAAAAGAUAGUGGCUGUGCCCCUCAGUGACCAGAAGGACCCCAGCUAUCAGAAGCUAUUUGGAGUCAGCCUCCAGGAGCUGCAGGAGCAGGGGCUCAGUGACAAAGGGGUCCCAGCUGUUGUGCGGAGGAUCGUGGGGUACCUGACACAGCACGGGCUCACCCAGGAGGGCCUUUUCAGGGUGAACGGCAACGCGAGGCUGGUGCAGCAGCUGCGGCUCCAGCUGGAGAGCGGGGCGCGCGUGGAGCUGGCGGAGGUCGGGGACGUGAGCGCGGCCGCCAGCCUGCUGAAGCUCUUCCUGCGCGAGCUGCCCGAGCGCGUGAUCCCCGCCGCGGUGCAGCCGCGCUUAAUCCAGCUCUUCCAGGAUGGCAGAGACGAUGCUCGGGGGAAUAGCUUAAGAGACUUAAUCAGAGCGCUGCCAGACACCCACUACCACCUCCUCAAGUACCUCUGCCGGUUCCUGACAAAAGUCGCCAGGCACCACGUGCAGAACCGCAUGAGUGUUCACAGCCUCGCCACUGUAUUUGGGCCAAAUUUCUUUCAUGUGCCAACUGGGCUUGAAGGCAUGAAAGAACAGGACCUUUGCAACAAGAUAUUGGUUGAAAUCCUAGAAAAUUAUAACACCCUGUUUGAAGUAGAUUGUACAGAAAAUGAUAACCAGAGCUGUGGAAACCUGGCUAGGCUUAUCUUGGUAAAAGAGGCCAGUUGUAAGAACUCUCUGCCCAUCCAUUUAACAAAAGGCCUAGAGAGCGAGGUGCCAAAGCCACCUGCGAAACCCAAGAUCCCAAAGUCCAGGAGUGAGGGAUCUAUUCAGGCCUAUAGGAUACCACAACCAGAGCUGUCUGAUGGCGUUCCUCACAUCAGCCUGAGGCUAAGUCGGAGGAAACCCUGCUUGGAUGACAUGAAUUCGGCAGAGGAAGCUGGUGGUGCCACGUUGGUAUUCAGUGCUCAUGUGUCCCAAGUCAGCAGUGUUUCAACAACUGGAGAACUCUUAGAAAGAACCAUCAGGUCAGCUGUAGAACAGCAUCUUUUUGAUGUGACUAGUUCUGGAGGUCAAAGUUCAGAGGAUUCAGAAUCUGGAGUGUCAUCAGCAUCUUCUUCCACAUCCUCCAGACAGUGGAGGCGCCAGCCCAAGGAGCCGGGUGACGUUCAACGUGGUAGAGACAAGGGAUUUAUCAACAAAGAAAAUAUUCCCUCUGGCUUCAACAACUUUGAUGAGUGUAUUUUGAAUACUCAGGAAGUAGAAAAAUUACAUGAAAAUACUUCUGAUUACAUGGGAGAAAGAAGCAAACCUAAACGUCAGAAACCCAGCUCUAAACAUUCUGAGCUCAGUGAAAACCAAGAUGGCCUUGUGAAUAUGGAAAGUCUCAGCCCCACACAGUUGCCUGAACCACCUGCACCCGAUGACCUUGAACUUCUGUCUGAUGAAAGCAAAGACGACGAAAGAGACAGCAGAGACACCCAGCAGUGUGUGAGAUCCACCAUGAAGAUUCAGGAGCGUGCCAGUAUUCCUGACACCAGGCAGCAGAGGAAUCAAGAUGCCGAUUGCCUGCAGGACAGCUUUGUCUCUGAAGUGCCUCAGCUGGACCUGGCGGCAUUGUGUGAUGAGAAGAGCUGGGAAGAGCCUGUCCCUACCUUUUCCUCCUGGCAACGGGAGAAUGUGGACUCUGACGAAGCCCGCCUGUCCCCGCAGGCUGGGCGCCUGAUUCGCCAGCUACUGGAUGAGGACAGUGACCCCAUGCUCUCUCCUCGGUUCUAUGCCUAUGGGCAGAGCAGGCAAUACCUGGAUGACACUGAAGUGCCUCCAUCUCCCCCCAACUCCCAUUCUUUCAUGAGGCGGCGAAGCUCCUCUCUGGGGUCCUACGAUGAAGAACAAGAGGACCUGACUCCCGCCCAGCUUACCCGAAGGAUUCAAAGCCUUAAAAAGAAGAUCCGAAAGUUUGAGGACAGAUUUGAAGAAGAGAGGAAGUACAGACCUUCUCACAGUGACAAAGCAGCCAAUCCAGAGGUUCUAAAAUGGACAAAUGACCUUGCCAAAUUCCGGAAACAACUUAAAGAGUCAAGACUAAAGCUGUCUGAAGAGGACCUAACUCCUAGGACACGGCAGCGAAGCAACACACUCCCCAAGAGUUUCGGCUCCCAACUGGAAAAGGAAGACGAGAAGAAGCAAGAGCUGGUAGAUAAAGCCAUCAAGCCCAGCGUUGAGGCCACGCUGGAAUGCAUCCAGAGGAAGCUGCAGGAGAAGCGAGCGGAAACCUGCUGCCCUGAGGACAUUAAGGAUAUGACCAAAGACCAGAUUGCUAAUGAGAAAGUAGCUCUGCAGAAGGCCCUGCUGUAUUACGAAAGCAUCCAUGGACGGCCGGUGACAAAGAAUGAACGUCAGGUUAUGAAGCCACUGUACGACAGGUACCGGCUGGUCAAACAGAUCCUGUCACGGGCUAACACCAUUCCUAUCAUUGGUUCCCCCUCCAGCAAGCGGAGAAGCCCUUUGCUGCAGCCAAUUAUCGAGGGCGAAACUGCUUCCUUCUUCAAGGAGACUAAGGAAGAAGAGGAGGGGUCAGAAGACGACAGCAACGUGAAGCCGGACUUCACAGUCACUCUGAAAACAGACUUCAGUGCACGUUGCUUUCUGGACCAGUUUGAAGAUGAUGCUGAUGGAUUUAUUUCCCCAAUGGACGACAAAAUGCCAUCGAAAUCCAGCCAGGACACAGGGCUUUCAAACCUCCAUGCUGCUUCAAUCCCAGAACUCUUGGAACACCUUCAGGAAAUGAGAGAAGAGAAGAAAAGGAUUCGAAAGAAACUUCGUGAUUUUGAAGAGAGUUUUUUCAGACAGAAUGGAAGAAGUGUCCAGAAGGAAGACCGCACCCCAGUGGCUGAAGAGUACAGUGACUACAAGCACAUCAAGGCCAAGCUCAGGCUGCUAGAGGUGCUCAUCAGCAAGAGAGACACCGACUCCAAGUCCAUGUGAGGGCGAGGGGCAGGGGGCUUGCGCCCCUCGGAGAAGAGCUGGUCAGGAAGGCAGCUUUGGAGCGGGACCUGCAUGCAGUCCUUCUGCCUCCCCGCCAGUGGGAUGGGCUCCCGUUUCCAUUGCCUGCCUUAGAAGCUGCCUCGACAGAAGACGACAGUGUGACCUGACUUGGGAAUUGUGUAAUGGGAGAGUUGAGAUUCCUCCACAUGUACACGCUAGCAAUGUAGUGAGAGCCUCUCACUAACACUAGUGGUGACCAACCACGACAUCUACAGAGAACACACACUUCUUCCCCGGUGACUGAGAAACACGAGAACAUUCUCUAAAUGUGAUGAUUUUAAAAAAACCCCACAAGCUCAGGACUUUACUCUGAGGAACUAACUCACUGUGGAGGGCUGUGCUCUCCCGGACCCAGUCAAGUGUGACCACGAUUGGAGCCCUACUUGCUGCCGUGGCCAUUCUAGUGACCUUUCCCCAGAGCUGCACCUGUUCCCACUGGUGUGAAGCGACUUCCCCAUUAGCUCUCAGGUGGCUGGAAGCUGCAUCUGUCACAAUGGCAGUGCAGUCAUCUCUUUGAAGGUGUGUUUCUUCAGGACUUCCUCAGCUGACAAAGAAUUUCAACCCCUGACCAGGACUUGACCUUGUGCAGAGGACAGAGGGGAUCAAAUCAGCAGCUAUUUGAUGCUGAUUUAGAGCUUGCAGACAGUUCCUGAACAUUGACUGAACUUUCUGCUCUCAGACGUGCACACGAAACACCAAGUGAGCCCACCAUGCUUUAUCUUGUUGUGUCACUAGCCAGAUAUAAAGGGUCUUUUGUCCAAGUGUAGAGGAUCAUGGGAGAGAGGCAGCUUCCUUCCUCCCCUUCCUGAAUACUUACCAGAGUUUAAUUUUUCUAAAAAAAAAAAAAAAAAA